AUGUCCGCAGGUGCUCCUCCCUCCUCGCUCGAUCCCUGCUCCUCUCGAGUCGUCGCCCCUUUGGCUCCUGUUGCGAUGCUGAGCCCACCUCCGGCCCCACCCGCGGCGGCGCAGGAUGAGGUGCGUCCCUUGCCGCCGAUGAAGAUUAAGCUUUUUCCGUACGCCGUGUACUGCGUGUUCGGCGGCAUGGGCCGCACCUGGGGCAUGGCUAUGGUCGGGCUCCACAUUGUGAUCUGCAUCGUCAAGGUCCUCUCCUUCACUACAGAUCCCGAGGAGGCACGCUUCUGGAUACCGAUCUUCCGCGUCUGGGUGUACCUCGGCAUCGCCGCCACGGUUGUCAUGACGUGCGUGUGCAUCGUCUACUACAUGCCCGUGUAUGGGGUGUACGCCGUGAGGUACGAUCCGCCGCCGCAGCAGCCAGCAGCGGCAGCGGCAGUGCAGCUCCCACCUCCCCCUCCGGAGAUGGACAUGUGCUAG